AUGGACUCCAACAACAACCCAAUCCAGCUCAUCAAUGGCAACCCUAUCGGUUUAGGACAUCCGCUUGAGGUGUCAAUCCCAACAUGGGCCGCAUCGAUCGAGAGCGAUUCUGAAGCUAGCGGACAAGAAGAAAUUCCCGUUGUCCUCCCAGAAGAGCUUGGAGUCGCCAACCAACAAAGUCGACCGGUGACUCCAACGAGAAACGCGCCACCACAAGCCGGCAAAGCUCCAAGCAAAAAGAAA